AGUGCCACAGGUGAUAGGAGAUAUGAGCACGGGGAUGAGAGUCUUGGAGCGUCCGCGGGCUGGCCAAUAAGUAACAAAAUCGCUCGAAACAAACGUUGCCAUGUAAGAUUAGCGACCGAAUACUCUGCGCGGUGCAGAAGAACCUGCGACUUCACCACGUCACUUCUCGGGAGAUCAUGAAACAAAGUCGGAUGGGGCUGAGGCGAGGACAAGUUGAGGGAGCUGAAGAAAGCCAUCUUCGCCGAUGAAGCAGCCAAGUUCCUGUGCGCCUCUCCCUUUACGCACAGGCGAGGUGAGGACGGAGAGCAUCGCUUCCAUGUAGAGGAAUCACCCAUGAGUCAUCCGAGGUGCUGAGAGAUCGGCAGCAGACGGGGAGAAGCACAAGGACCAUUUUCUAACCGAAAAACUUAUCUUUACAAAAAGAAAAAAAAGCACACCAUGGAGGGAGAGGGGAGAUCCUCCGGGCUGGCGAAAACUGCCGCCUUAAAACUGUCCGAGAUGGGAGAGAAAACCAAGCGGCUGGGCACCGCGAUGAAGGAUCCACAAGGGCAGAGACGGAUCAUAUUAGUGAUUGUUUGCGUGGCUCUCCUGCUGGACAAUAUGCUCUACAUGGUAAUCGUGCCAAUUAUCCCAGACUAUCUGGCUGAACUGGAGAUUGAGCAGUCAGCGCACGUCCACCUAGUGAUUCACCCCAACUCUUCAGCCAACAGCACAAUCCUAGACAAAAUCAACAAGAACAACUUAGACAUCCAGAUAGGCGUUCUCUUCGCCUCCAAAGCCAUCCUGCAGCUCUUAGUCAACCCGCUGUCCGGAACUUUCAUAGACCGGGUUGGAUAUGACAUCCCGCUUUUAAUUGGACUCUCGGUUAUGUUCGUGUCCACCUGCAUAUUUGCGAUUGGGGAGAACUAUGCGACGCUCUUCUUUGCCAGAAGUUUGCAGGGCCUGGGCUCUGCUUUCGCGGACACGUCUGGGAUCGCGAUGAUCGCAGACAAAUACACGGAGGAGGGGGAGAGGAGCCGGGCGCUCGGCAUCGCCCUGGCCUUCAUCUCUUUCGGGAGCCUCGUGGCGCCUCCCUUCGGGGGCAUCCUGUACGAGUUCGCGGGCAAGAAAGUGCCCUUCAUCGUGCUCGCCUGCAUCUGCCUGGCGGACGGUAUCCUACUGCUCACCGUGAUCAAGCCCUUCUCCAGCAGGACUAGAGAGAACAUGCCGGUCGGCACCCCCAUUUACAAACUCAUAAUGGACCCGUACAUAGCUGUGGUUGCCGGUGCGCUCACAGUGUGCAACAUCCCCCUUGCCUUUCUGGAGCCCACCAUCUCCAACUGGAUGGAGACCACAAUGCACUCCUCUCAGUGGGAGAUGGGAAUCACCUGGCUCCCAGCCUUCUUCCCUCACGUGCUCGGUGUGUACCUUACAGUUAAAUUGGCAGCGAAGCAUCCACACCUGCAGUGGUUUUACGGAGCGUUGGGUAUGGUUAUCAUAGGAGCCAGCUCCUGCACAGUCCCCGCAUGCAAAACUUUUGGGCAGCUCAUCGCCCCGUUGUGCGGUAUUUGUUUUGGCAUCGCACUCGUCGACACCGCGCUGCUGCCCACACUCGCGUUCCUGGUCGACGUGCGUCAUGUCUCGGUGUAUGGUAGUGUUUACGCCCUAGCAGAUAUUUCCUAUUCGGUUGCUUAUGCUAUGGGUCCUAUAGUGGCCGGGCAGAUAGUGCACAAUCUCGGGUUUGUACAGCUCAAUCUGGGUAUGGGUCUCGUCAAUGUGCUUUACGCACCAGCCUUGUUGCUGCUGCGCAACGUGUGCCAAAUGAAACCGUCCCGCUCAGAGCAGGAUAACCUGUUAGAGGAGGCUCCGCAGGGGCUGUACGAUACUAUCAGGAUGGAGGAGAGGAGAGCCAAGAAGAAGGGCUACAGCACGGCAGGGAACUGCCUGCCAGUAGAUGAAAAUGGGUUUGACCCAUUCGGAGCACAGCGGUCCUUGUCAGAAGAGUCGUCCGGUCCGGAGUACACUUAGUCCGGCCACACUCUUACCACACAUUCCACAGAAAAGAUUUGCAGGCAGACAGGCUAUUAUAAUCUAGUGAAUUAAACUUUUAUGUAAGUACAGAUGUGCAAUAUAAACACCCAAUCACCAAAAUCAUGAUUGUGUGACCCGUUCUCCAAAGUUUACUUCUUAUUUUCUUUCUCACUGUGAUUUCAUUGUGUCGAACAAGUCUAUGUAUCGUUUGUCAUGAACGUAUAACUGGAGUUUUGUGAGAGAUCUAUCAGCUAACGUUGAAUUUGUGUGUAUUGUUAAAAAAAAGAUGAUAUAAAUAGUUAUAUGUGCGUAUGAGAUUAUAUGGGACCAAGUAUAAAGCACAUUUCCCCCUUACACAAACAGCCUAUAUUUUUAGUCUAUGAGGAAAAUGUUUUUACUCGCACAUCAAAGGCCUAAUUUUCCUUGGUUUUCUCUUUAAAGAUUCGUAAAAAAAUAUAUACAUUUUAAUUUUUAACAACUGGGCCGGUUUUUUAUUAGUUUUAUCUCUCAUGUUUUCUGUUGUUGUUUGAAAGUAAAUGUACUGUAAUAAAUGGAUUUUUGUAAAUAUGUGGAUACACAUGCACAAUGUAAAUUGUAAGAAAAAAUACGUGGACCUCUACAAAGUGACUGUGUGUGUUUGUGUGUGCGUGCGCGCGUGUGUAUGUGUGUGUGUGGGGGGGGAUAAAGUCAGUCUCCUGAAGAUGCACAAACAUGUAGGCUAUUCAUUUACCGAUUGUGGUUUUAAUAAAUCUCUGUUUGGA